AUGAUGGGAUUCGCAUACUCGGCGAAACCGGAGUGCCAUUUUACAAGUACCGCGCCUAUUCAGCACUUCGCAAGGCAGGAUUUGUCGCCUUACGACCAAACCGCUAGUCGCAUGUCAAUCUGCCCCAUCCAAAAUAACACCAGGCCUGAUGCUCGCCUCCCUAUGGAUGCACCAACCUCUGAGGCCCGUCCUUCAGAAGCCUGUAAUGCAAACUCGCGCGGAACUACCGAAGACCCAUCCGUCCUGCGUAUUGGCCAGAUUUUGAACACAUUGCAAGCUCAGUGUCGUCAUGGGAAGAAUAUGCCCGCAGAAGGCGCUCUUCUAUCAAAUCUGCGAGAAAAAAUGCCAGUCGUCGUCGUCAAGCGCGUGCACAGGAAGUCCAUAGUGAAUACGAUUUUGAAGUGUUUCUCUCGGAUCGAUUCGCGCAUAGUUUCACGCCACCACCUGCAUUCCGAGUCAUUUGCUUCGAGUUAG